AAAACAAACGCUGCCGGAUCGUAACGUGCUUUACGUCAAACUGACAGGUGGGCGUGGCCUGCAUCUUGGCAGAUCCUCGCCUCUCUUCACCCACCUGGCAGAACCUACUCACCCGGACCACGUUAAGGGCCGAUGUUGUGAGAAGCGACUGAAAACCCAGCUCUAUAUCCACUUCUAAAGCGGUUAUUCUACUAAGAUCCUACAAUGCGUGAGUGCAUCUCUGUCCAUGUGGGCCAGGCUGGUGUGCAGAUGGGGAACACCUGCUGGGAGCUCUACUGUCUGGAGCACGGUAUCCAGCCAAACGGCCAGAUGGUUGGUGAUAGGCCCCUGGCUGAUAAUGAGGACUCCUUCACCACUUUCUUUAGUGAAACUGGUGCUAAGAAAUACGUCCCAAGGGCAAUUUUUGUCGAUUUGGAGCCCAGUGUUAUUGAUGAAAUAAAAAUUGGAUCAUACCGUCAACUCUUCCACCCUGAACAGCUGAUAUCUGGAAAGGAAGAUGCUGCUAACAACUAUGCUCGGGGUCACUACACUAUCGGCAGAGAGAUUAUUGACUCUGUCCUGGACAAGAUCCGCAAACUGGCUGAUCAGUGUUCUGGUCUCCAAGGAUUCUUGGUUUUCCACUCUUUUGGUGGCGGAACAGGUUCUGGUUUCACCUCGCUGCUCAUGGAAAGACUUUCUGUCGACUACGGCAAAAAGUCAAAGCUUGAGUUUGCCAUCUACCCAGCUCCCCAGGUUUCCACUGCAGUAGUAGAGCCUUACAACUCCAUUCUGACCACCCAUACCACCCUGGAGCACUCUGACUGUGCCUUCAUGGUGGAUAAUGAAGCCAUCUAUGAUAUCUGCUGCAGGAACCUUGAUAUUGAACGUCCUUCUUAUACUAAUCUAAACCGUCUCAUCAGUCAGAUUGUGUCUUCAAUCACAGCAUCCCUUCGCUUUGAUGGAGCUCUGAAUGUUGACCUGACAGAGUUCCAGACAAACUUGGUGCCUUAUCCUCGCAUCCACUUCCCUCUGGCUACCUAUGCUCCAGUUAUCUCUGCCGAAAAGGCCUACCAUGAGCAGAUGUCUGUUGCUGAAAUCACAAAUGCCUGCUUUGAACCAGCUAAUCAGAUGGUGAAGUGUGACCCACGUCAUGGUAAAUACAUGGCAUGCUGUUUGCUGUAUCGUGGUGAUGUUGUGCCCAAAGAUGUAAAUACAGCCAUCAGCAGUAUCAAGACUAAACGCACCAUCCAGUUUGUGGACUGGUGCCCCACAGGCUUUAAGGUUGGCAUCAACUACCAGCCACCAACUGUGGUUCCUGGAGGAGACCUGGCUAAGGUGCAGAGAGCUGUGUGCAUGCUGAGCAACACCACAGCAAUCGCUGAGGCCUGGGCUCGACUAGACCACAAGUUUGAUCUCAUGUAUGCCAAGAGAGCCUUUGUCCACUGGUAUGUUGGAGAGGGAAUGGAGGAGGGAGAGUUCGCUGAGGCCAGGGAAGACAUGGCUGCUUUGGAAAAGGAUUACGAAGAAGUUGGCGUCGACUCAUUUGAUGAAGAGGAGGAAGAUGACGAAUAUUAAAAAAGAAUCAAAAUACUACUUUUUUUAUUUACGAGAGGAACCCACUUAGGUGUAAAUUUAAAAUUCACAAAUAUUUGGUUUCUUUUAAUCACAGUUUUAAACUUCUAUUUGUCCUGUUUCCUGUUCUUAUGAAAAUUAUUAU